CAGAGUCUAAUUCUAAUGAUGUCAUUCAUUUAUGCAGGUGCAUCAGUCAUGAUAACGCUCAGAAAACAUGUGUUCCUCUGCUAUACACUCCAAGUGGUGUGGUGUGUGUUGGUAGUGGCCGAGGAGUGGACCGUGACCAUUCCUAAUAAGAUAUCUGGCCUGAUGGGGUCUUGUGUCCUCAUCCCCUGUUCCUUCACACACCCCAACGCUUACAUCCCCACUAAUGUCACCUGGUACCAGUACUCCAAGCUGCCUGGUAAAUACCCAGUCGUCUUUAGCCGCACCAAACCCGUGAAUAUCAUAGAGCUCUACAGUGGUAGAACUGAACUGGUAGGAAGGGCCUCUAAUGGAGACUGCAGCCUGAUGAUCAAAGGAAUGAGAUUAGAACAUAACGGAGAGGACAUUUACCCCUGGGUUGAUGAGGUCAGCAAGUCUGUCUUUGCCUUCUUUCAGUGGAGGGUGACACUGGAGGUUACAGAUACAGCACCAAGGCCACAGCUGUCGGUCAGUGAAGAGCAGAGGGAAGGGGGCAACAUCACUGUUUCUUGUGCUGUCCUCCACACCUGCCCCUCCUCCCCUCCCUCCCUCUCUUUUGGGGACCAGAGGGGGGUGGUCCAGGGGUACCACACCGAGGAGAUACAGGGUCGAUGGCGCGUCCUCUCCACCAUCUCGUUUGUGGCCCGAGCAGAGGAUCAUGAGAAAGUGGUGGCGUGUAACGUGACACAUCCAGGAGGCCAGACAGCUGCAGGGGAGGUGGUGCUCGACGUGAGCUAUGCCCCCAGGUCUGUGAGUGUCUCAGGGGGAAGCACUGUGGUCCAGGUUGGCACUAACCUGUCCCUGUCCUGCGUCAGUGAUGCAAACCCCCCUGCUAGCUCCUACCUGUGGUACUUGCUGAGAGAUGGCCUGGUCAUGCCACUGAACCACAGCACAGAGACCGCCGCGGUCACAGACCUGCACCCAGACGAGAAUGCGUUCCACUGCACAGCUAUCAACCCUCUGGGGAGGUCCAAGCCCUCCUCUAGUUUUGUGGUCACUGCAGAAUACAAGCCAUCCAUAUUAGCAAACUCCAGCUGCUCCUACCACGCUGGCCAAGUCAUCUGCAGGUGUCAGGCCCGGGCUCGACCAAGGGCCAAAGUGCUGUGGAUGGUGGAUGGAGGACCCCUGUUCCCUGGCUCUGACCCAACCACCUCCCCCCAGAACCACACGGUGAUGGAUAUCUGGGCUGCAGACGGCACCUAUGAAAAUGUGUCUGUCACCUGUCUGGUCAACAACACACAUGGCUAUGAUAAGCUUCUCCUGAGUGUAUUUGUGAAAGCACCACCCACCAAUGUGUCCAUCAACCAGCUCCCAGCCCGGCCUCUGGAGGGAGAAAAGGUCACUCUGUCCUGUCUGGGUCACGGUCACCUCCCAAUCAGUUCCUACAGGUGGUACCGUGUGUUCGGGGAGCAGUCAGUCCUGCUUAGAGAGGAUUCUGGGAGUUUGAGUCUCUCUGUGACCAGAGACGUGGGGCAGUUCCGCUGUUUUGCUCUGAACGAGAUGGGAGAGUGCAGUUCAGACACCAUGGCUGUGAACGUUGAGUACGCACCAGCUAUACUUCCCCUCUCCUUCUGUUCUGUGAAUGAUGGGGAGGUGAGGUGUGAGUGUGUGGUGGACUCUCACCCUGUGGCGCAGAUCAUUUGGACACCAUGGAGCAUUCAGGACAAUCAGACUCACAACAUCACUGACCUGCUCAACUGGAGGAUCCUGAGGUCCAUUCUCAUUGGGACCAAGGUUGAUGACAUGGGUGACGUCCUCUGCAAUUCAACCAAUGAGCAUGGGAGUGCCUUCCUUAAACUCCCAUUCAUUGCAGGUGAAACGUCCACCCAGCGGUCCCUGUUCUACGGAGGAGUUGGGGGCGCCCUGUUGCUGGUGCUCUCCUUCGCCUCCUUUUUAUUUUGGAGAUUUUACUCCACCAAGAGAAGAGAUUGCCGUGUUGCACUGGAGGACGUUGAGCUGAAGGGGGCACUGCAGGUGAUACACAAUGAUCCUACUGACUGCCCAGGUAAUACACUCACUCUGAUGGUGUCAGACGAGGACUUCCACUAUAAUGUGUAUGACACCGGGUACAGUGUCCAAGUUUAAAAUGGCCGUCUCCUCCUUCGUAUAAUGCUGGGAGGAUAAUAUUUGGAGAUGGGAGAUAUUAAAAAACACAUUAGCACACAGACCAAUAGAUAUGUAAAGAUGUUUAUUAGAACAAGAGGUCUGUGAGAACUGGACUCGGGAACAUCUUUGAAUGCUCAUCGUAGAUUCAUU